AUGGACUUAGGCAUACUAAACAAACACAUUCUAUCUAAUCGAGCCGAUUUAGUUUUUGGAGAGGAGUUUGAAACUCUUUGUCGUGAUUUGAUUGAUUCAAAAGUUAGUGAAAAGUCAAAGAUAGCCCUUGCUGGUAAAUAUUUUGGUCAAGAUAAAGAAAAUGAGUAUCUUAGAAUUAGAGAACUAAUCUGUCCCCGUACUGUUGAAGAGAUAUCUUUAUUUAACAACCAAGAAAUAACUGCUAAUCUUAUCAAAUUUGUGAAAACUCAAGAUAGUACUUGCUUACAACGAGCUAAACACCUCUCAACCAAGACCGAUUUGUUUCCCAUGACCAGGACUCUUCUACUUCUGGCCCAGGAAAGUCCAGCAGAAGAAGUCUUACAAGAAGGGUACAAGUUAAGUCGCAGUUGCCAGCACUCGACAUACUUAAAGGCCAUUGUUUUUCUACAAGCCCGGCAGUACGAACAAGCCCUAUCAGUAAUUGAACGACUGCCCAAAACACCAGAAUCACUGCUCCUGAAAAUCCGAGUAAGUACUGCCUUGCAUAAACCCGAUGGCCAAACUCUAUACCAGGAAAUGUGCCAGUUACUGCAAGUAAGAGAAAAAGAGAUAGCUGAACUAGAUAGUUGUGAAAAUUCAAAAGCCAGGGAAUUAGCCCAAAUUGUUUAUCUUAAAACCCAUGCAGAACGUUUACUGGGCCAGGGACCAGGUAUUGGACCCGAUGCUAUUCUUCAUGAAAUCAAAGAGUCCCUAGCUGCCAAAACCAGUGAUAGAUUAGCUAGUGCUGAAGAUCUGAUCAAAAACAAUACUCAAAAUGGGACCACUAACUUACAGAUGAUGCAAAAUUCCAAGAAACUAUUCUUAUCAGUAGAACUCCUUCGUGCCGAAACACUCCUAGAUCGCAAGAGGUACAGUGAAGCCCAAGCCUUAGCCCAGCGCCUGAAGAAAGAGAGUUCGAAUGAAAAUCCCAGUAUUAAUGAACGAAUCGGUCUAGUUCUAGUCCAAACACAUCUUCAUCUCAAAAACCUUGCCGAGAUGGAUACUCCCUGGAUAGUCAAUGCCUUAUCAGCUCGAGAAAGAUCGCAAAAAGAUCUUGGCCUUGCCGAUCUAAUCGAACUAAUCAAGCGCAAACAGCCAGAACCACUAGUUUUUGCCCCUUCCGCCCUAGUCUGGACCAAGAAAAUGAUAGAUCUAACCGAUUCGUCUUUGGUUUGGCGUACAGAGAUAAACAAGAGCAGAUACUGGUCCCGACUCGGUAAUAUCUACUUUGCCCAGAAAAGACUAGAUCUGGCCAAGAGUGCCUACCAAAAGGCAUUACAAUUUGCUACUGAAGAUGAAGAUACCCAGGCAGCCCAAGAAAACUUGGAUACACUUACUGCCUGGGCAAAUAGACCCGAACUCCCCCUCAGUAACUUCCCAGAAUGUCUUGCCCUAACUACUCUUCUCCAAACCAAGUGCACUUCGCAAUCAGAGUAUAUUGAACGACUAACUAGUACAGCAACUCCGACUGAAGCAGUUGGUCAUCUUGAAACGGCUAUCAAAAUACUUAAUACUCCACCAGCUGCUCCCAAUACGGCUUUAGCUGAACGUCUUACUAAUCUUAUUUCUAUCUGUUCUCUUAUCAAGCACAAAAAACCACUUCUUACUACUAGUGAGAUUCUGAACAGUUCUAUUUCGGUCAUUUAUAACCACUUACUUUUCUGGCACAUGGAACAGCAACCUAUUGAUAUAGAUGUUGUUCACCAGGCUAUUUACUACUUCCUUUCUGAGUAUAGCACACCGGCUCAGACUUUACUGGCUAAAAAGGCCAUCUUCAUUGCCUUAAGCCACUUUGCCAGUCAUGGCAACUCCUUACGAGUUAAAGAAGUACUGGCUAGAACUGAGCACUGUUUAAAGCAACCAGAAGAUCUUAUCUUGAUCAAAGAUAUCCAAACUACCCUUAAUGAAGUCAAUCCAGAUCUUCCUUCUCCCGAGCUUAAUAAUGCACCUUCAGUAACUAGUUCCUGUCCUACUCCUAGUACACCGCCUACUUCUGUGCCUCUGACCACUAAUACUCCACCAGAAACUCUUUCACAACAAACAGCCUCAGAUCAGUCUCUUUCGCAAAAACGAGAUGAAAUCAUGCGCAUGCUUAUGGAAAUGCAAGAUAAGAAGCCUUCCAAAAAACCAGCUAAGAAGAAGAGCACUACCGAAGGUCCAACUCCCAAACGCAAAAAACCAACCCCCACACCUCCACCCGAAGAUCCACCCACCACUCUUCCACCACCUCUUCCCCAGGAUAAGCCCCAAACCCCAGCCCCAAUCAAGAAGAAGUCCAAGUCCGUCCUCUCCAGUGAUGAAGAUGAUUAG